AUGCGUCACUUACCUGGCUUGCCUGAUGAGCAUCCCUUUCACGAGGUCUUCAGGAAGCUCAUCUCCCGUGAGGACGCCUGGGUCUCCAGCCAGUGGAUGACAGAGCGCCCAGGCGGCAGCGAUGUUCGUAACUCCGAGACCGUUGCCGUGCACUCGCCCCUGCCCAACAAAUCAAGCACAAUCGGCCGCAUCGAUGAGGGGGACUAUCUCCUCUCUGGCUUCAAGUGGUUCGCUUCUGCGGCUGAUUGCGACGUGGCUCUGAUAUUGGCCAAGACCGAUUCCGGGGAGCUCAGUCUGUUCCUGGCGCCGACCAGGACUACGUGUUCUGGAGCAAACGGCAAACAGUUUGAAACGACAAAUGGAGCCAGGAUACACAGAAUGAAGAAUAAAAUGGGCACCAAGGAACUUCCAACAGCCGAAAUUGAACUGAGGGACGCUCGCGCCUGGAUGAUUGGCCCAAAGGACAAGGGAAUUUCGACCAUUGCGCUGCUGCUCAAUGUCACAAGAACUCACAACUUCAUCACCGCCCUGUCCUGCUGGAGACGGGCAAUGCACAUUGCCAAGUCCUUUGCAAAAGCUCGCCAGGUCCUAGAUCAGCCUCUCUGGACUUUUCCGAUGCACGUAAGGCUUCUGUCAAAUCUGGAAGUCAAGCAUCAUGGUGCGAUGCAGUUGGCCUUCUUUACGACAUCCUUACUCAGCUUUACAGAUUACGGGUUUCCGGAGUCGGCAUCCGUCGCACAUCUUCCUCUCCCAGACCCAGGGCGGCACACAGAGGUACUUCUCCGAACGCUGACAGCCACCACCAAAGCCAUCAUUUGCAAGGUUGCCACGUUGGCCCUGCAGGAAUGCCAGGAAGCCUUAGGCGGCGUGGGCUAUCUAGAUGAUCCCGACGACCCCGAGUUCAACAUUUCUCGCUUGUUUCGCGACACUGCUGCCAACAUGACGUGGGAAGGGACAACCAAUGUGCUGGCUAGCGAGGUUGUCCGACACGUGUUGAACCGGGAUCACCUCGACAUCGUCGCCGGCUGGAUGCGACAGGCCAUUGAGAAAAUAACCGAUCCAGACCUCAAGAGCAGCCUGGGACAUUCGUCUUCCAAGUUUUUCGAUGACCUUGCCGCCUACAAGAGCAACAUCGGAGCAGCCCUAGCACAUGGACGGCAGCAAAUGUUUACUUUAGGGUGGCUCAUUAGCGGUGUCUUACUAGCGCUAGACGCUGAGCGGGAUCGCGACGAGAUUGCAUUUGAAGUUGCGAAACGGUGGGUCCUCCGUGGCGAGGGAGGCUUCGGCGAGUUCGUUUUGCCAGGCGUCAUGCAGGUCGGCCACAGCGAGAUUCGAGUCUCGGAAAGAGAGCAGAGGGAAUGGGACUGUCGAAUUGUAUGGGGGUUGGAGUUGCCGCUUGAUGCCGCCCAAGGUUUCCGCCCUAUGGUGAACAAGCCCCGAUUGUAA